AUGUCCGAAAUCUCCGAUGACUAUGUCGACAUCUCUUCCGAGACCCGCCUUCAUAUGGACGUCUACAUGGAGAAGCUAGGCCGUCACCGCCGUUUCAGUAGCUCGUCAAGUGACGGCUCGUCCGGCGCCGGAUCAUCUGGACAGCAAAUCGCCCCGGUCAAGAAGGCCCCCACGCACACCUUUCCUUCGAGCCUCCCGGACUGGAGCAACCUCAAAGUUCUCCACCGCGGCACCCUUCCGCCUCGCAGCCACUUCUUCCUGUACGACAAUGAAGAGGAAGCCCUCACCAGGGACACCUCCAAGUCCAAGUCCAAGCUCCUGUCUGGGACAUGGAAGUUCCACCUGACCACAUCGCCGUUCGAUGAACCCCGGGACUUUUACAAGCCCGACUUUGACACGUCUGAGUGGGACGACAUUGUUGUCCCCGGCAUGUGGCAGUGCCAGGGCUUUGGCAAGGGCCCGCAGUACACGAAUCUCAACUUCCCCUGGCCCGUGGACGCCCCCAACAUUCCUUAUGAUGACAAUGAGUGUGGCCGUCACGUGACAACGUUCCAAGUUGGGGACGACUUUGCCGACCACCAGCUCAGACUGCGAUUUGAAGGUGUCGAUUCUGCCUUCACCGUCUGGGUCAACGGCAAGGAGGUUGGCUACUCCCAGGGCGCUCGCAACCCCAGCGAGUUCGACGUGACGGACCUCGUCAAGAUCGGUGAGGACAACGUCCUCGCGGUCGAGGUCUACCAGAGAUGUGACGGCACCUACCUCGAGGACCAGGACCAGUGGUGGCUCAGCGGCAUCUUCAGGGACGUCUACCUCCAUGCCUUUCCCAAGUUUCACCCGGUUGACUACUUCGUCCACACCAUCCUCGACGAUGACUACAAGGAUGCUACCCUCAAGGUCGACAUCGAGAUGGACCGCGGCGCCUACGUCGACAUGAAGCUCCUCGAUGCCGACGGCAAGCUUGUGGCCAAGGACAUGUUGAUCUUUGACCGCCACAACAGCUUCGACAUCCGCGUCAAGAACCCUCACAAGUGGACCGCCGAGACUCCGUACCUGUACACGCUCGUCCUCAACUUUAAGAAGUGCAGCCUGGUCCAGCGUGUCGGCUUCCGUCGCACCGAGCUCCUCAAGGGCGUUUUCUGCAUCAACGGCGAGCCCGUCAAGUUUCGCGGCGUCAACCGCCAUGAGCACCACCCCGACUCCGGUCGUGCGGUGCCGUACGAGUUCCUCAAGCGUGACCUGCUGCUCAUGAAGCACUUCAACAUCAACGGCAUCCGCACGUCGCACUACAUCAAUGACCCGCGGCUGUACGACCUCGCCGACGAGCUUGGCCUCUGGAUCCUUGACGAGGCCGACCUCGAGUGCCACGGCUUCGGUGUCGUCGGUAACAGAGGAGAAAGCUGGGCCACCGACAACCCCGAGUGGCGCGAGGCCUAUGAGGACCGUGCGAGACAGAUGGUUCAACGCGACAAGAAUCAUGCGUGUGUUGUCUUGUGGUCCUUGGGCAAUGAGUCCUUCUACGGGUCAAACCACCAGCACAUGUACGACGUGAUCAAGAGUAUCGACAAGUCCCGUCUCGUGCACUAUGAGGGCGAUUGGGCCGCUCGGACAGCGGACAUCUACAGCAGGAUGUACGCCUCGGCUGACGACAUUGUGAGCAUGGGCUCCGAGAAGCAGUGGUCCAAGCCUCUCGUCCUGUGCGAGUACAUCCACGCCAUGGGCAAUGGACCAGGCGGCAUCAAAGAAUAUGUCGAGGCCUUCUACAGGUACCCGCGCCUCAUGGGAGGCUUCGUGUGGGAAUGGGCCAACCAUGGCCUCCGCACCAAGAACGAGGACGGCGAGGAGUACAUGGCCUAUGGCGGCGACUUUGGCGAUGUGCCCAACGACUACAACUUUGUCUUUGACGGCCUCUGCUUCGCCGAGCACACCCCGACGCCCGGCUUGCGCGAAUACAGCAAGGCCAUCGAGCCAGUGCAGACGCUCGGCAUAAAGGACAACGAGGUCACCAUCAUCAACCGCUACGACUUCAUCUCCCUGGACCACCUCACAGCCACCUGGCACAUCGUCGCCGACGGCAUGGUCAUCGGUGGCGACCAGGAGGUUGAGAUCCCCAAGGGCGUCAAACCACACACCAAAGCCCAUCUCAAGAUCAAGGGUCUCCCGAAGAACCUCGCCGCGGAGGCCUACCUGCACAUCGACUUCGCCCUCGCCAGCGACACGAACUGGGCCAAGGCCGGUCACCUGGUCGCCUUCGGCCAGGUCCCGCUCUCCAAGCCCCCCUCCAUGGCUGUCAUCCUAUCCUCCCUCUCAAACCCCUUCGUCGACCCAGUCCCGCAGGUCACACAGGCCUCCCCCUCCCUCCUCACCAUCACCUCCUCCACGGGCCUCUCAAUCUGGGGUCUCGACCUUCAGCUCGGCACUAUCGCCUCCUGGCGCAAGGCGUCCCGCCCGCACCUCGAGCUCCUCGCAGAGCCCCUCGUCAUGGACUUCUACCGUGCCCUCACCGACAACGACCGCGGCGGCCGCUUCGGCCCUAACUGGCAGGACCGUCGCCUCCACCAAACGCGCCACUCGAUCCGGCGCGUAGAGUGGAGCAAGGAGAAGCACGGCCUCGUUGUCAACGUUCACUCCCGCAUCGCCCCGCCCGUCCUCGCCUGGGCCGUCGACACCUGGACCACCUUUACCUUCCAUGGCGAGGCUGUCUAUGUCAAGGUCAAGGGAAAGCCCAGUGGUCCCCUGCUGCCCGACACCUUUGCCCGCAUCGGUUUCACACUCGGCGUCCGCGGCGUCGAGACGGCCGCCUGGUGGGGCCGCGGCCCGGGCGAGAGCUACCGCGACAAGAAGGAGAGCCAGGCAUUUGGCAACUGGGAGGAGACAAUCGACGACCUCUUUGUCGACUACGAGUUCCCGCAGGACGGCGGUAACAGGACCGACGUCCGCUGGGUCGAGUUCCGCGGCCGGCUCCCCGACGACGGCGGCGACGAGAGCGCCAUGGAACGUGGGGAUGACGAGCCCGCCCUCGAGCGCCUCAUCCGCGCCCGCUUCGGCGACCUUGACGGCGCGUCCUUCUCGGCGAUGCACUACACCACCAAGGACCUCGACGAGUGCACUCACCCGUACGAGCUGCACAAGCGCAAGAGGGAGGACACUGUUGUGCGGCUCGACUGGGCGCACCACGGCCUGGGUACCGGGUCGUGCGGCCCGGCGACGCUGCCGCAGUAUGAGCUAAAGGUCGGGGAGUUUGACUUUGAGCUUGUUUUGGACUAG